AUGAUUUCAUGGAUGAUACUUCCAAUUGUGGGCCAGCAGUGGGAGAACAUUGCUCAGUAUAGUUGGGGGACGGCAACUUUAGCUUGGAUGUACCGGCAGCUUUGUGACGCAUGUCGGCGGAUUGCUAAUGAUUCAAACCUAGGAGGUUGUGCAUACCUCCUGCAAAUCUGGAUUUGGGAGCGCUUUCCAGUAGGCCGGCCGUACCGAGGCGAACUUGAGCCGUGGCCACACCAUGAUGAGGAGUCCAGGCCCACCGUUGCUUACUGUUGGAAGAACGUGGGAGCUGUAAGAGGGGAUCCUGCACGCCGCUACAUGCGUUACAUGGACGACCUAGACUGCCUCACUCAAAAUCAGAUCUUCUGGACACCGUACGGUAGAGCCGAGCUGGACGAGUUGGAACUGAGUGAUAUUUGCACACGCGAUGCCGAACUGUGGAGGACUUGCGUGCCUUUGAUUUUUUCUUUGUAG